CUACCACUCUGCGGAUUGGCAGCCCAGCCCACAAGCUCUGCGCGUCACUACCGCGCCACCUCCCGCUCACCACCGGCGGCGACCACCUUCUCCGCGACAUGGCGGCGGCUCCGUUGAAGGCCGCUAGCCCCACCAGGCUGGCCUACUUCGACGACAUGUGGGCGCUCAGGUCCCCCGCGACCGUCCUCUCGCUGCACCAGGAGGAGGGUGGCCGGCGGGCGGUGGUGCUAGACGCCACCAUCUUCCACCCGCAAGGCGGCGGCCAGCCGGCCGACACCGGGGUCAUCUCCGCCGCCACCGGCGCCCCGAGGUUCCUCGUCGAGGAUGUGCGCGUCAAGGACGGGGUGGUUUUCCACUAUGGGCGAUUCGAGGAUGCUGCUGGAGACGGGUGCGGACCAGAGCUCGACAAAGGGCAGAGCGUUACCUUAGAAAUCGACGCCGGCCGGCGCAGUCUGAACUCAAGGCUUCACUCUGCAGGUCAUUUGCUGGACAGUUGCAUGACCAAUCUUGGCUUUCAUUUCGAACCUGGGAAGGGAUACCAUUUCCCUGAUGGACCUUCCGUUGAGUAUAAAGGAGUUAUUCCACCAGAUCAAUUGCAGGAUAAGAAAACUCAGUUAGAGAAACAGGCAAAUGAACUGAUUUCAAAAGGAGCCAAGGUUUUAGUCUCUGUUUUUCCUUAUGAGGAGGCAGCUAAACUAUGUGGAGGCGCUCUGCCUGGCUACAUUUCACAAGAUAGCACUCCCCGCAUUGUGAAAUUUGGUGAGUAUCCUGGUUGUCCUUGUGGAGGCACUCAUGUAGCCGAUGUUGCAGACAUUGGCAACCUAAAGGUCACGAGUAUCCGAGUCAAGAAAGGCGUUACUAAAGUCUCCUACAGCAUCAACCCAUAAUUUUUUCUGUACAUCUCUCGCCCGUAGAAUUCGCGAGAGAAGUGAAAGAAUAGCUAUCUAGUGGAUCAGAAGGCUGGCAUUUAGUUCUGUGUGGCCAUGCUAAAUGUCCAGAGAACAAAGUAGACAACCGCAUAUAGUAUUUGAGAAGGUACUUGUUUUAUGUUCGUCGAUUUGUUGUCUCCAUCUCCUCUUGUACCUUGGUACAGCACUGGAAAGGCCGAUGUGCAGCGUGUGUUCAGGUGUAAACCUUAGCAAGCUAUCCUGCAUCUCCUUGUUCAUUGAGAUAUAUGUACUGCCUUUUGUAUUGUGAAAUAUACCAUUAGAUAUUUGCUUCA